AUGUCAGACGGGUAUGUGUGGUUUGAAGGCAUACCGUUCCCUCUGGUGGACUGCACACCUGAACACCUGAGAGCAAUGCAGAAUUUUGUGUUUAGGGAUGAAGAUGUCUUAACAGUGGCUUUCCCCAAAUCAGGAACGAACUGGUUGAUUGAAAUCCUCUGCCUGAUCUACUCCAAGGGGGAUCCCACGUGGAUCCAAUCUGUGCCUAUCUGGGAACGCUCUCCCUGGGUAGAGAAUACGCAUGGGUAUCAAAUCCUAAAGGAUAAGGAAGGCCCACGCCUCAUCACCUCCCAUGUCCCCAUCCACCUCUUCCCCAAGUCUAUCUUCAAGUCCAAGACCAAGGUGAUUUAUCUCAUCCGAAAUCCCAGAGAUAUUCUCGUGUCUGGUUAUUUUUUCUGGAUUAUUUCGAAGUUCGUGAAGAGACCAGAGUCACUGGAACAAUAUUUCGAAUGGUUCACCCAAGGACACGUGGCAUUUGGAUCAUGGUUUGACCACACUCGUGGCUGGAUGUCCAUGAGAGGGCAGCAGAACGUUUUGAUAGUGAGUUACGAAGAGCUAAAACAGGACACGAGAAGAGCUGUUCAGAAGAUCUGCCACUUCCUGGGCAAGAAAUUAGAACCAGAAGAGCUGAACUCACUCCUCAAGCAUAGCUCCUUCCAGGUCAUGAAGGAAAACAAGAUGUCCAAUUACACUCUCCUGCGUGGUUGGCUUAUAGAGGACAAGAAUGGGUCACUUAUGAGAAAAGGCAUUGCUGGAGACUGGAAAAAUCACUUCACAGUGGCCCAAGCUGAAGUCUUUGACAGAAUAUUCCAGGAGAAGAUGGCAGGCCUCCCUCCAGAGCUGUUCCCAUGGGAAUAA